ACAAGUAGUGUAUCUUUCCUUUCCAUCCUCGACCAGUCGAAACUAUUGUAAAUGGGUUGCAUCAACGAUCUGCAGUACUGGCUUAUCGUUAUCGUUAUCGACGUCUUAUCGUGCAGCAGCAUUAGCAUUUCUCGUCAGCAAAAGGCCGAACCCCCAAGCCCAAGAAAGAAACAGACGGGAAAUCCAUUCCCUCUGCAUCCCACCAUUCCUCUCUCAACAUCCUCCCACCGUACAAGAUCCAUCUAUAUAUCGCGCGCGCAUCGUGGGUCUGAAUCAAGCGGUGUGACAUCCGGCUCCAUCUUGCUUCUCAUCCCCUCUUUGUAUCCGUUCUCCUGUUUGUCUUAUCGCUGGCAGAGCCCGUGCUUACCCCUUCCACCCUCUCCCGACAAGGACAGACGGCAGAAUGAUUUCAGGCGUGAUGGCUGGGAGCGGGGGUCCAAAGAGCCCUAAACAGGCAAAGAAGCAGAUGUAUAGCAUGGGAAAUGUAUGU